AACAAAUCCAUUCCCAAAAGAUGCGCAACUUUUCAAAUUUACUGAUCGCAACAAUUGCGUUCUUCCUCAUGAUGAUGAUGAUGAAGAUCGGUACGAUUGAUGGCGUUAGCGAGCCAGUGUGCACGUAUCGCAAUGCGGAGGAUGAGACCAUAUUUCUCAAGUAUCUGCCAUUGCUGAAGAAGGGCCAGGACUACGUGGACUUUGGCAAGGAGGGCAAGUGCCUAAAGCGCGCCAUCUGCACGGACACAUUCAAGACCAUUGUCGAGGACUGCGCUCAGCAAAAAAUCACCUGCCAGAACAAACAGCGUUUUACGGGCGUUUUUCCCGCCUGCUGUAUCAAAUGCUAGAAUCCUGGGAGAGCAACUAUAUAUCAGUGACGAUAUAUAUAUAUCUACACACAUACAUACAUAAAAUAUAUAUAUAUAUAUAUAAAGAAAAAUGAUCAAAUUAAUGUUAGCGCGUAGUAAAAAAAAAAACACCAACAUUUUAAUAAUAAAAAAUGAAAACUACAA